AUGGCGCUCCCGGCACCUACUAUCGAUCUCCUGCUCAACUUGAUCGAUACUCGUCCCCAGGCCAUCCUCAGCUCGCUUGCCCAACAUCCACAGCUCGCCUCAGCGCGCGAUGCGCACGGCUACUCGCUCAUCCACGCAGCCGCAUCGUAUAACCAGCUCAGUGUGCUGCGCGAGCUAGUCCAGAAGUACAACGCCAACGUAAACAUCCUCGACGAAGACGGCGAAACGGCUCUGUUCGCGACCGAAAACGCCCAAGUCGCAAAAUGUCUAGUCGAAGAGCUGGGCGCAGAUAUCAACCUGAGAAAUGAAGAGGGCAAGACAGCAGAAGAGAAGAUUGGUGAAGAGGAGGGCGAGGCGCAUGAAGUCUACCAGUAUCUGAAGAGCCUGCGGACAGGCAGCGAACCAGCAAGCGCGAGCGCAGUCGAGGUGGAAGGUGUACAUGCCCCGCCUCCGCUACCAAACGGUGUUCAGAUCAACAUGGGUACCAUGGCAGAGGAUGCUGCGGGAGAAGCGCCCGAUCCUGAGAUACGGAGACGGAUAGAGGAGCUUGCAGCGAGGGACGACUACCAGUCAGAUGAGGUACAACAACAGUUGCGAGAAUUAGUGCAGGAUGUAGUCAUGGGGAUCAACACGGAUGAGAGUGGCCGCAGUGUCAGGAGGAGAGUGGAUUGA